GGCGUGACGCUAGGUACGAGAUCGUGGUGGGAUGUCAUACAGUGUGAGACUGUCAUCCGAUGUGCCUGUGCACGUCGUGUCUGUGACUGUGGUGCGAAUGAGUCGAUGGCUGGUGCUAUAGAGCGUGAGACUUCAUCCAAGGACACUGCCAUUUCCCAAGAGAAGAGCCAAGAGUAAGAAAGAAUGGCUGUUGGACUUCUUAAAGCCAUGUACCAGGAGUUGGUGACCUUCGGAGAUGUGGCUGUGGACUUCUCCCGAGAAGAGUGGGACUGUCUAAAUUCUUCUCAAAGGCAUCUGUAUAGUAAUGUGAUGUUGGAGAACUACAGGAUCUUGGUGUCCCUCGGACUUUGCUUUUCUAAGCCAAGCGUGAUAUUAUUAUUGGAACAAGGGAAAGAGCCCUGGAUGGUGAAAAGAGAACUGGCAAAAGGCUUGUGCUCAGCACUACUUCUGAUGCAUCUCAUAAUUUUUGGCUGGGAGUCUAUGUGUGAGACUGAAGAAUUAACCUCAAAGCAGGAUAUUUAUGAAGCACAAUCCUCUCAGAUGAUACUAGAAAAACUUACAAGCUGUGGCCUUGAGUAUUCCAGUUUAAGAGAAGAAUGGAAAUGUGAGAACCAUUUUGAGACACAGCCAGUAAAUCAGAAGGCAUGUUUCAAGGAAGAGACAAUCACUCAUGAAGAAGCCAUUGUUAAUAAAAGAGCACAAGAAUAUAACAAGUCUUGGGGAAGUUUCCAUCUGAACACAGUGCUUCAUACACAACAGAUAACCACCAAAGAGGAGAAAGUACAUAAGCAUGAUACACAUAAGAAAAGCUUUAAAAAAAAUUUAAUGGCCAUUAAGCCCAAGAAUAUCUAUACAGAGAAAAAACUUUUGAAAUGUAAUGACUGUGAAAAAGUCUUCAGCCAGAGCUCAUCUCUUACUCUUCAUCAAAGAAUUCAUACUGGAGAGAAACCAUAUAAAUGUGUAGAAUGUGGAAAAGCCUUCAGCCAGAGAUCAAAUCUUGUUCAACAUCAGAGGAUUCAUACUGGAGAGAAACCCUAUGAAUGUAAGGAAUGUAGGAAAGCCUUCAGUCAGAAUGCACACCUGGUUCAACAUCUGAGAGUUCAUACUGGAGAAAAACCUUAUGAAUGCAAAGUGUGUAGGAAAGCCUUUAGCCAGUUUGCUUACCUUGCUCAACACCAGAGAGUUCAUACUGGAGAGAAACCUUAUGAAUGUAUUGAAUGUGGAAAAGCAUUCAGCAAUAGAUCAUCCAUUGCUCAACACCAGAGAGUUCAUACUGGUGAGAAACCUUAUGAAUGUAAUGUCUGUGGGAAAGCAUUUAGCCUUCGUGCAUACCUUACUGUACACCAGAGAAUACAUACUGGAGAGAGACCCUAUGAAUGUAAGGAAUGUGGGAAGGCCUUCAGCCAGAAUUCACAUCUUGCUCAACAUCAGCGAAUUCAUACUGGAGAAAAACCUUAUAAAUGUCAAGAAUGUAGAAAAGCAUUCAGCCAGAUUGCCUAUCUUGCCCAACAUCAGAGAGUUCAUACUGGAGAGAAACCCUAUGAAUGUAUUAAGUGUGGGAAGGCUUUUAGCAAUGACUCAUCCCUUACUCAACAUCAGAGAGUUCAUACUGGAGAAAAGCCUUAUGAAUGUAACGUUUGUGGAAAGGCUUUUAGUUACUGUGGAUCUCUUGCCCAACAUCAGAGAAUUCAUACUGGAGAGAGACCCUAUGAAUGUAAGGAAUGCAAAAAAACUUUCAGGCAGCAUGCACACCUUGCUCAUCAUCAGAGAAUCCAUCUUGGGGAGUCACUCUCACCACCCAAUCCAGUCAAUCACCAAGUUCUCUAGACACUAUCUCAUAAGUAUUUCCAGAAUUUGUACCUUUUUUUCUAUCUCUAAUGUCAGCCUAGUCUCAGACUUCAUCUCACCUCGAUCACCAUACUGUAGUUUUCUAAGGUCUUCCUCUCUCAACUUUGAUCCCCUGAAAUUCAUUUCCCACUAUGCCCCAAACUGAUUUUUUUUUUUAGUGUAAGAAUACAUCACUGCCUCCAAUUAAAAUAUUUCUUUUUGGCUUACUACUGUUCUUAAGCUAAUAUCCUCAGUCUUUAAAUUGUCUAUGAGGUGCUUCAUUAUCUGGUUCUUACAUACCUUUCAGUCUUAUUUUACUCCAGUCUCCUUCACUGAGUACUAGGCACUUCCCAGGAUUAAGAGCUUAGAUGGAAAAUCAGCUCUACAACUGCUGUGGCAUUGUAUGACUUUAAGUAAUUUGUUUGACUUACCUAAACCUCAGGAUUUUCUUUAAUUCUUAAAAUAGGGAUAAUAAAGGAUACUGUAUUGUA